GCGCGCGCAGGCGCACAGCCGCUCGGCCGCGUAGCUCCCAGCCCGCUGCAAGCGACUUCCAGGAGGGCGAGCUCCCUGCACAAUGUCGGAAAUGAACGUGCUGUGCGAGCUGUACGAGGAGAGCAAUGACCUGCAGAUGGACGUGAUGCCCGGGGACCUUGAGUUUCCGCAGAUGGAGGUAGGCGGCGGGAGCCGGGAGCCGUCCCCGAGCCCGCCCCGCGCCGGGGCCCCGCUGCAGCUGGAGGAGGAAGGCCCCAUGGAGGAGGAGGCCGUGCAGCCAAUGGCGGAGCCUCAGGGGGGCCGAGGCCUUGCAAAUCGGGCCAGUCCCGGGGAGCAUGCAGGCCCGAUCGCGGGCCCCGACUUCGAGAGCGAGGAUGAGGGCGAGGAAUUUGAUGACUGGGAAGACGACUACGACUAUCCAGAAGAGGAGCCGCUGAGUGGUGCGGGCUACAGGGUAUCAGCGGCCCUGGAAGAGGCCAACAAGAUGUUUCUGAGAACGUCCAGAGCCAGAGAGGCAGCUCUGGAUGGCGGGUUUCAGAUGCAUUAUGAGAAGACCCCGUUUGAUCAGUUAGCUUUUAUCGAAGAGCUGUUUUCGCUGAUGGUUGUCAACCGUCUGACCGAGGAACUCGGCUGUGAUGAGAUCAUUGACAGAGAGUAGUGAAAUGCUGUUCAAAAAGAGGAGGAAACAGCUUGAGACAACCAACAUUCCACUGUGUCUUGGGUUCAUUCCAAAUCGUUCCGUGCCAAUGAGAAACUUGAUCUUCAAAAACAAAAAAAAAAAAUUUUUUUUUUUUAUUUUGCAGAAUGGAAUAGGGCAGUGACUGCACCGUUGUGAAAAAGGAUGAAAAUUGUUGAAGAAAAAAGAAAAGGGAUUUUGGGACUGUUUUCAAGAAUGUCCUGAAACACCAAUGGCUUUGACUUUGUUGUUGAUCCAGAUUAUUUUUUCCUUGCAGUGGGAAAAAAAUCUUUCCUAUUUCACUGUAAGAGUCGUGUUACAAGAAUAAGCCACGAUCAAGACAAACUGCCAGUAGAAGAGUCCACCGAUGUUAAUUGCGUAAGGAAAAGUAACAUAUCCAGUUUAAGACAUGCUAUCUCUGCAUUAUUUGGACUGAAAGCCUGUUGAGAAAACUGAAGAUUCCACUGUGAUCUUUCCAAGUGGCUUUCGAAGGCUAAAUUUUGAGUGUAAGAUAAACUGAGUAUUCUUCGUUAUCCCAAAAGAAUAAGCAAACCCAAAAAGAAAUAUGAUCUUGUGUACUUUACCUUAAAAUGUGUUUCUAAGAGCAUCUAAAAUUUCAUGUGUACUUGUAUCUUAAUCCUUUAUAAAGCUACUAUAAUCUGUAUUUUAAGAAAAUUCAUUGUGUUGACCAUUUUUUAAGGUCAAAAAUUAAGAUGGUCUUAAUAGAGUUUCAGAUUUAUGUAAAAGUACAAAGAAAACAAACUAUGCCUCCCUUAGUAAGAGAAAUUUUGUUUUACUUGCUAUCUGUUUUUCAUUUAACUUUACAGGCAAAAGACUGGUUGAACUUCAUAUGGUAAGAACUGUUAAGUGAAAAUUGUCAAGUAAAAGGAAAGCCCUGUAUUUGAAAAAGACUUUAUGAACAAUUAUGCUGUCAACCUUCAAAGGUUUUAAAAGCUGCCCAGAAAUGCCCCUCAGUGUCUGGUCUCCCUGUCUCCUCCUCUAAUUAAGCUUGUUAUUGGUUAUGCACCAGCAUUCAAGAUAAUAAAAUUUCUUGUUCUGUGUAUUUUGUUUGUUUGGCUGAU